GUUUUGCGCGUCUUGCCCGGUCGCAUUGCGGUUUUGCGCGCGAUUUUUGUUUAUCAUUUUUUGCUGGAUACGCCCGUUGUUUGGAAAAACUAAAAAAUGGCCAACUGUAACUGCCCGGUGACCCAGCCAGGGCCCACUUUGGCCUCCACAUGUGGCGGCGUCCCGUUCAUGCUGUUCAUGGGACUCCUGGAGGUGUUUUUGAGGUCCCAAUGUGACUUGGAGGACCCGUGCGGCCGCCCCCACUCCACAGAAACCCUGUCGGAGUACGACUUUAUUGUGGUGGGGGCUGGAAGUGCUGGAUCGGUUGUCGCCAGUCGCCUCUCGGAAAUACCCGAAUGGAACGUCCUGCUCAUAGAAGCGGGCAACGACGAACCGACGGGCACCCAGGUACCUUCAAUGUUCCUGAACUUUCUGGGCUCCGACAUCGACUGGGGGUACCAAACCGAGCCGGAAAAACAGGCCUGCUUAGCAGAGACCGGCCAGCGGUGCUACUGGCCACGAGGAAAAGUGAUGGGCGGUACCUCAACAAUGAACGGAAUGAUGUAUAUGCGCGGUUCCCGAAAGGACUACGAUGACUGGGCGGCAAUGGGAAACGAAGGNUGGAGCUACAACGACGUCCUGCCCUAUUUCCUGAAAAGCGAGGACAACAAGCAAGUGGACAAAAUGGACAGGGGGUACCACUCCGAAGGGGGCCUCCUCCAAGUGUCCCAAUUCCCCUAUCACCCGCCCCUAUCCAGAGCGAUCAUCAAGGCGGCCGAGGAGUUGGGCCAUCCAAUCAGAGACGUGAACGGCAUCUACCACACGGGCUUCCAAAUCGCCCAAACCACCAAUAGGAACGGGUCCAGGCUGAGCGCGUCCAGGGCCUUUGUGCGCCCCUUUAAGAACAGGAAGAACCUGGACAUCGUGAUGAACGCCACUGUGACCAAAGUGCUGGUGUCGCCCCAGACCAAGCAAGCCUAUGGGGUGGAGCUGCUCAGAGACGGCAACCUGGUGAACAUCUACUCGACCAAGGAGGUGAUCGUCUCUGGAGGCGCCGUGAACUCUCCCCAGAUCCUGCUGCUCUCCGGGAUCGGGCCCAGGAAGGAGCUGGAUCAGGUGAAGGUGCCUCUGGUGCACGAUUUGCCCGGCGUGGGCAAAAACCUGCAGAACCACGUGGCCUACUUUGUGAACUUCCACAUCAACGACACCAACACCGCCCCCUUGAACUGGGCAACCGCCAUGGAGUACCUGCUGUUCAGGGACGGCCUGAUGAGCGGCACCGGAAUUUCCGAAGUGACCGGCUUCAUCAACAGCAAGUACAACGACCCGAACUUGGACCAUCCGGAUCUGCAGUUUUUCUUCGGCGGUUUUCUGGCAAACUGCGCCCGGACUGGAAUGGUGGGAGAACGAGUCGAUAACGGAUCCAGGCAAAUCAACAUCAUCCCCACCGUGUUGCAUCCCAAGUCCAGGGGCGAACUCAGGCUGAAGGACCGGAACCCUCGCAGCCACCCGCUCAUUUUCGCCAAUUACUUCACGCAUCCCGAUGACGUCAAGGUGUUAGUGGAGGGGAUUCGAUUUGCGCUGCGAUUGGCCGAAACCAAAGCGCUAAGAAGGUACGGAUUCCAGCUGGAUAAAACGCCAGUGGCGGGCUGCGAAGGGCUCACUUUCGGGUCGGACAACUACUGGGAAUGUGCGGUUAAGAGGCAAACGGGACCGGAGAACCAUCAGGCCGGCAGUUGCAAAAUGGGGCCCAAAGAUGACCCCAUGGCUGUUGUGGAUGCCCAACUAAGGAUCCAUGGGGUGGACAGAUUGAGGGUGAUCGAUACGAGCAUCAUGCCCAAGGUGACCACUGGCAACACGAACGCACCAGCGAUCAUGAUCGGGGAAAAAGGGGCCGAUAUGAUCAAGGCCAGAUGGUUGACGUCGCCCACGUACUUUUUCAGCAACCCCCAGAACAACCAGAGAGUGAGUCGGCAGUGGGACGGGCUUGGGGUGUGGAGGCGGUAAAAAAUCAAUCGCAAAACGCAACAUGUUUUACAGACAUUAAAGGGAGGAAGGGGAUUAGAUAAGCAUGACUUGUGCGUCACUGACUUGUGACCUACUAGGAGUAAUUUUGACCAGUUAGAAGGGUUGCGCAAGUCAUCCUGAGCGAAACUGUCGCAACACUUAACCUUAUUUUGAUUUAUUU